AUGGUCGGCUACACGCAACAAGACUUGAUCGAGGCGACAAUUGACAAUGACUUCUACUAUGAAGAAGACCCAGAAGAGAAUGAGGAAACAGGAGGUUUUCGCACACACAAUCCGGCGGACAAUCGAUUUCAGAGAUCUUUUAUCAGGCUGUCCCCGACGAAAUCAAAGUUCCAAAAGCGUAUUGAGAUGAUUUUGUGUAUCCAUGGCUGGGAGGAUGCGACACACAAACAACCUAUGACCUUGAUGGUCUUUGACUGCCACCUCAGCUGCAACGAUAAAAAGUAUCGGAUUCAAUCCAGUCGAAUUUGGUUCCAAUUUGGAGAAGAUUCCUUCGCUUCAACUGCUGACAGCCAUGCGAAGGCUUCUCCAGAGGUAGUCGCAUUUGCUCCAUUCGCGAAGACGGCCAAGUGGAAUGACACGGAGCUAGAGAUCAGGCGCAAACAUGGAGGUGGCGGUAAAGUUGGCGUGGACUACGUUGCAAAGGUGGAAGGCAAUGUUGAUGGCGAGAAAGAGGUUUCGUUCACUCAGAAACACUUCGAUAGAGGGACAUGCGGUCCGAUUUUAGACGAAAAGAGCGGGAAUGUUGUCGGCACUCAGUGGUAUAUGGAGCAAAACGAUCUUCAGAAAUACGGAGUCGCACCCGACUUCAAGCUCGCCCUCUUGGUCAAGCGAUCAAAUCAUGCAGAUGGGAAAGGCGUCAACUUCCAGGGCAUAUUUGAUAUGCGCAUUGAAGCAGGCUUUCAGCAUGAUGUUGAGGAAGGCAUUCGUCGUUUUCUUAGGCUCUACAAGCCUGAAGAUGAUCCGGUGUAUUUCAACCCGGAAUUGGAAGAUCAUAUCCGCGGUCCACAGGCGAAGAAAUUGACAGAAAGUGUCAAAAGAGAUGUCUCUGGCCAAGUUGUCAAAGACAGUCUAGGAAAAGAGAUCAAACUCAUAAGAAAAGACGCACUGGGUGAGCUUGUGGACGAUGAAGUGCUGGCUGGGCUACUGUACAGCGACAUUGAGGCUGGUUUAGUAUCUGGGCUGGAGCCAUUUAACCCCAAAUAUUAG